CUGAAUCAGUCAACAUCAGAACUCAACGCCGAAGUGUUCAGUACGGUGAUAGUAGUGGAAGCGAUUGUUUGAGUUAGUGAAAAUUUAAUUGAAUAAUCUCUACAACUACAAUGAUUAUUUCAUACAGAUUUUUUAUUGGGAUCAUUUACUAUGUUAGUGGGUUUUUAAGCAGUUUGAUUAAGUAUUUAAAGUACAUUUUCCUUUCAAAUAGUUCAUGCAAAUUGCAGGGAAAUACGGUUUCAAAACACAAGAAGAUUAUUCCCAAAAGCGUAAAUUAUCAUUUCACAAGGCAAUGUAAUUAUCAAUGUGGAUUUUGCUUUCAUACAGCUCUUAAUUCCUAUGUUUUACCACUGGAUGAUGCAAAACGUGGAUUAAGAAUGUUAACAUCUUCAGGAAUGGAAAAGAUCAAUUUUUCUGGUGGUGAACCGUUCAUACAUGAGCGAGGAGAGUACUUAGGGCAUCUUGUACAGUUCUGCAAGCAAGACCUCCAGUUGCCCAGUGUGUCUAUAGUCAGCAAUGGUAGCCUUAUACGCGAGUCUUGGUUCAAAAAGUAUGGGGAGUACUUGGACAUACUGGCCAUAUCCUGUGAUUCCUUUGAUGAAGAUACCAACAAAGUGAUAGGCCGAGGCCAGGGACAAGGUGGUCGCAGUCACGUAGACAAACUGCGGAAGAUCCGGGACUGGUGCGACCAGUACAGAGUGGCCUUCAAGGUCAACACAGUCGUCAACACCUACAACAUCGAUGAAGACAUGUCGGAGAAUAUUGGGUGUCUGAAUCCCGUCAGAUGGAAGGUGUUCCAGUGCCUGCUGCUGGAAGGAGAGAACGUGGGUCCGACCGCACUGAGGAAUGCAGAACGCUUUUACAUCUCGGACGAGCAGUUCCAGACUUUCCUAGAACGGCACAGCCACGUCUCAUGUCUAGUGCCGGAAAGCAACACCAAGAUGCAAAACAGCUAUCUAAUUCUUGAUGAAUACAUGAGAUUCUUGGAUUGCCGCUCUGGGGCCAAGAAGCCUUCCUUGUCACUCCUAGAUGUAGGAGUAGCCAAUGCUCUUGACCAUUCCGGUUUUGAUGAGAAAAUGUUCAAGAAACGCGGAGGCGUCUACACCUGGAGCAAGAAGGAUCUCCUUCUCGACUGGUGAUUUUUAAAAGACUUUUCGUAGUUUUCUUUGACUUGACAAGGUUUUCUUGAGUUGAUUAUUUUGAACAGUAUUAUUAAUUGAUGAAACUAAAGUAGACCCAAUGGCUGCAGAAUCUAACGUACUGUAAUGUGUUACAUACUGUAAUUUAUCAAGUUAUGCCUUGCUUUUUGUUUUCAAACUAGCAGUUACCCGUGGCUUUGCACCAAAAAUUCAACAUCAGUCAAACAUUGACUACUUCCGUCAUCUACUUCCAGUCUGGUAUUUUUGGUGCUGGUAGUCUUUUGAGAGCAUUACACAAUUGUGUGUCAAUUUUCACCAUUCUAGGAAAUUGGAAAGUUGGAAAAAAAAAUAAAGCUCUCAGUUAUGGGUUCCCCAUUUAAGUGAAAAAUCUGUUGAACUCUGGGGAACUAAACAUAACAUCAAGCAGUUGCCCAAUGUUGGUUGUGCUGCAACAACUUUCAUACCAGCUAGAGUCCUCAGUGUCAGCCUUGAUAAACGCACAUUUCUUUUUGUGUAAUUUCUUCUUUCUAACACCACUCUUAGUAAUUUAGAAGCAAAAUCAUUCACUAUACAUAUACCAAUCAACCCAAAAAAUAAUUUCAGACAUCUAUCUGCCUAUUGUAUGUCAAUCGUGACCAGUGUUGCCAACUGUGGAAGUUCUUUCUCACAACUUUGCAGUUAGCCUUAUUUAAUUCAAAGAAAUUUAACAAGAUAACAAUUAUAAAUAGGUAUUGGGUCAGAUUUGGUUUGAAUAAACUGUUUUACAACCUAAAAUUAUAAUAUUGUUAGUUGGUUUUUUUAGCAGGGAAUAUAUUUGUAUUUUUCAAUAUUUUUCAAACAGGCUUAUCAGAUCACACAGGCCAACAAUGUCUUUUACACCUAGAAAGUAAAAUCCCACAAACAUCAGUGAGUGAACACAGAAGAAAUUUCAGUAAACAAAAUCUUCAAAAUCUUAAAACGGAGCUUAUGAAAGUAGACUGGAGCUGUGUGUAUAAUGAGCCUGAUGCUGAAGAAAUGUACAAUGCCUUUUACAGGAAUGUAAGGCUGAAUCUGGACUUAACUUGCCCAAAUAAGAAAUCAAGAACCAAAAAAAGAUCUAAGCAAAAUGGCAAGUACGAUGAAGAAGCCAGGAGAUUGAAAGAAAUUUUUCUCAGGGCCUUUCGGAAAUAUGAAGUAACUGGCAAUGCUGCAGAUAAGGCUGAAAUGAUCACUAAGAAAAAAGACUACGACCUCAAGCUUAGAAACCUUAAACGUACUGCAGCAACAGAAUACAUAAAUAAAUCCGACAAUAAAUCAAAAGCACUGUGGACCAUAAUAAACUCAGAGAAGCAGGCUAAAAAUCCAAGUGUAACACCUCUUCAAAUGGAAAUAAAUGGUACAUUUGAAAACAAUCCCUCGUUGAUUGCUGAAAACCUA